CAGGCCGGCUCGCGCCCUCUCGCUUUCCACCGGCCCGCGAGAUUCCCCCCUCCCCUUCCGCCUCGCGGCGCUUCCUCGCGCCGCGGUCUUCUCGAUCCACCCCUGACACCGCGGGGCUCCCCCCGCCCGCCAACGGCGGGUCCCCGGCUUCGCGAUCUCUCUCGCUUCCCGCGCUCUCCAACGGGGGCCCAGCCCCGGGCCCUCUUCCCCUCGCCUCUAAUUUCUCUUCCGGACGCUGCCAUCAUGUUGAAGCCUCAGCCGCCACAACAGACCUCCCAGCCCCAGCAGCCGCCCCCCACGCAACAGGCCGUGGCCCGUCGGCCUCCCGGCGGGACCAGCCCUCCCAACGGCGGCCUCCCGGGGCCGCUGCCCGCCACCACGGCUCCCCCGGGGCCUCCUGCGGCCGUCUCCUCCUGCCUGGGGCCUGCAGCUGCGGCCGGGAGCGGGCUUCGCCGCGGAGCCGAGAGCAUCUUGGCGGCGCCACCGCCACCGCAGCAUCAAGAGCGGCCAGGGGCAGUGGCUAUCGGCAGCGUCAGGGGACAGAGCACCGGAAAGGGACCCCCACAGUCACCUGUAUUUGAAGGUGUCUACAACAAUUCCAGGAUGCUGCAUUUCCUGACGGCUGUAGUGGGUUCCACUUGUGAUGUAAAGGUGAAGAAUGGCACCACUUACGAGGGCAUUUUCAAGACUCUGAGCUCCAAGUUUGAACUGGCAGUAGACGCAGUACACCGGAAAGCAUCUGAGCCAGCAGGUGGGCCUCGCCGGGAAGACAUUGUGGACACCAUGGUGUUUAAACCAAGUGAUGUUCUGCUUGUCCACUUCCGAAAUGUUGACUUCAAUUAUGCUACUAAAGACAAGUUCACUGACUCAGCCAUUGCCAUGAACUCUAAGGUGAAUGGAGAGCACAAAGAGAAGGUGCUGCAGCGUUGGGAGGGCGGCGACAGCAACAGCGAUGACUACGAUCUGGAAUCCGAUAUGUCCAAUGGAUGGGAUCCCAAUGAGAUGUUCAAAUUUAAUGAGGAGAACUAUGGAGUGAAGACCACCUAUGACAGCAGUCUGUCUUCUUACACGGUUCCCUUGGAAAAGGACAACUCAGAAGAGUUUCGGCAGCGGGAGCUGCGUGCAGCCCAGUUGGCCCGAGAGAUUGAGUCGAGUCCCCAGUACCGCCUACGGAUUGCCAUGGAAAAUGAUGAUGGGCGAACGGAGGAAGAGAAGCACAGUGCAGUUCAGCGGCAGGGUUCUGGGCGGGAGAGCCCCAGCUUGGUGUCCAGGGAGGGGAAGUAUAUCCCCCUGCCUCAACGAGUUCGGGAAGGUCCCCGGGGAGGAGUUCGAUGCAGCGGUUCUCGAGGAGGACGGCCUGGCCUUAGCUCUUUGCCACCUCGUGGCCCUCACCACCUUGAUAACAGCAGCCCUGGCCCUGGGUCUGAGGCACGUGGUAUCAAUGGAGGCCCUUCCCGAAUGUCCCCCAAGGCGCAGCGGCCUCUGAGAGGUGCCAAGACUUUAUCUUCGCCCAACAAUAGGCCUUCUGGAGAAGCUUCCGUUCCUCCAACACCUGCAGCUCUCUCUUUUCUUCCAGUGGGCCGGAUGUACCCUCCACGGUCUCCCAAGUCUGCUGCCCCCGCCCCAGUCUCAGCUUCCUGUCCUGAGCCUCCCAUUGGUUCAGCAGUAGUGUCCUCUGCCUCCAUCCCUGUGACAUCAUCAGUUGUGGAUCCUGGAGCAGGCUCUAUUUCCCCAGCAUCUCCCAAAAUUUCCCUGGCCCCCACAGAUGUAAAAGAACUCCCGACCAAGGAGCCCGGUAGGACUUUGGAGGCCCAAGAGCUGGCCCGGAUAGCUGGGAAAGUCCCUGGGCUUCAGAAUGAACAAAAACGAUUUCAGUUGGAAGAACUGAGGAAGUUUGGGGCCCAGUUUAAGCUUCAAUCUAGUAGCUCCCCUGAGACCGGCCUGGAUCCAUUUCCUUCCCGGAUCUUAAAAGAAGAGGCCAAAGGAAAGGAGAAGGAGGUGGAUGGCCUAUUGACUUCAGAUCCCAUGGGAUCCCCAGUCUCCUCCAAGACAGAAUCCAUAUUGGAUAAGGAAGACAAACCACCCCUGGCAGCAGUUGGGGGCACUGAGGGGCCAGAGCAGCUCCCGCCAUCUUGCCCCAGCCAAACUGGCAGUCCCCCAGUGGGCCUCAUCAAGGGAGAUGACAAGGAGGAGGGCCCUGUUACUGAACAAGUAAAGAAGUCUACUUUGAACCCCAAUGCCAAGGAGUUCAAUCCAACAAAGCCUCUGCUGUCUGUGAACAAAUCUACCAGUACUCCCACUUCCCCAGGGCCCCGUACUCACUCAACACCUUCCAUACCGGUGCUGACAGCAGGCCAGAGCGGGCUCUACAGUCCCCAGUACAUCUCAUAUAUACCUCAGAUCCACAUGGGACCAGCUGUGCAGGCACCUCAGAUGUAUCCAUAUCCUGUAUCCAAUUCGGUGCCUGGGCAGCAGGGCAAGUACCGGGGUGCAAAAGGCUCACUCCCCCCCCAGCGCUCAGACCAACACCAGCCAGCCUCAGCCCCUCCGAUGAUGCAGGCUGCCGCUGCUGCUGCUGGCCCACCCCUGGUGGCUGCCACACCUUAUUCCUCCUACAUCCCCUACAACCCACAGCAGUUCCCAGGCCAGCCUGCCAUGAUGCAGCCAAUGGCACACUACCCUUCACAGCCGGUGUUUGCCCCUAUGCUUCAAAGUAACCCACGAAUGUUGACAUCGGGAAGCCACCCCCAGGCCAUUGUGUCAUCCUCCACUCCUCAGUACCCCUCUGCAGAGCAGCCUACCCCCCAAGCCCUCUAUGCCACUGUUCACCAGUCCUAUCCACACCAUGCCACCCAGCUCCAUGGCCACCAGCCACAGCCGGCCACCACACCUACUGGGAGCCAGCCACAAUCCCAGCAUGCGGCCCCCAGUCCUGUUCAGCACCAGGCGGGGCAGGCCCCACACCUGGGCAGUGGACAGCCACAGCAGAAUCUGUACCAUCCAGGGGCCCUAACAGGCACGCCGCCUUCUCUACCACCGGGACCUUCUGCCCAGUCCCCUCAGAGCAGCUUUCCCCAGCCAGCUGCUGUGUAUGCCAUCCAUCCCCACCAGCAGCUGCCCCACGGCUUCACCAACAUGGCCCAUGUUACCCAGGCCCAUGUCCAAACUGGAGUCACAGCAGCCCCGCCCCCACACCCCGGGGCACCCCACCCGCCCCAGGUGAUGCUGCUGCACCCCCCCCAGGGCCAUGGGGGGCCCCCCCAAGGCGCGGUGCCCCCGAGUGGGGUGCCUGCACUCUCAGCUUCCACACCCUCACCCUACCCCUACAUCGGACACCCCCAAGGUGAGCAGCCUGGCCAGGCGCCUGGAUUUCCAGGAGGAGCCGAUGACAGGAUUCCUCUCAGUGACCCCGACUGUCUCCUGACUUAGCCGAGGUAAGGUCAGCGCAGCAGACAGGGCCAGACUGGGGCGUGGGGGGCUGAGCUGGGCAACUGAGUAAGGGCUCUCUGGCCUACUGGGAAACAGCGAUUGACCUGUACUUCUGACAGCCCCUGAGACUCCUGGAGGAGGCCGCUCCUCCCCACACCCCCACCCCCCCUGGACGCAUUGACAGAGGGACAGCUGCUCGGGUUCUAAUGCUCCUGCUCUCUCUCUCUCCCCUCCAACCAGUUCAAUCUCAUCCCUCCCAGCAGCUCCCCUUCCACCCCCCGGGGAACUGAAGAUUGUCCUGGCCGCGACCUGAGACCUCCAUGAGUGGAGGAAGAGUGAUCUAUGUCUCUUCCCCCAGCAGCUCGGACCAGUCCUAGCCCCGCCCCAACCCCUUUCCCUUGGGGAGCUGGGGAAUUCCUGCCAAGCACCUUGAAUGGGAGGGGUCCUUGAAGUGGGCGGGGCUGGGGUCCAGCGGGGGGUGGGGGAGGUUCCUGCUCUGCCCCUGCCGGGUCCCACCCAGUCUUGUCCUCCCAUCCUCUCAUCUAUUCCCCCGCUGGAGACGGAAGAUCUUUUAUUUUCUAUUAUUUAUAACCUCAGACUUGGGCCCCCUGUUCUUCCCCAUUAACUUGAGUAUCCUGUGUGAGAGACCGACAGACAGAUGCCUCAAGGACUUUUACUUUUUAUUACAUAAAAAAUUUUAAAAAAAUAAAUAAAAAAAAUAAAAUUUUAAACUAACUUAA